AUGUGCUACCUGCCGGCUUCGUGCGGCCUUGACCUCCGUGACGCGCGCGCAGCGGGGCCACAGGCGGCUGCUGUCAGCGCGCAUCUCUUCACGCGCUUCCCUCAGACUCCGCCGCCUCCGACUCCUGGUCUGGGGACUCCUGGUCUGAAGGCCUUUGCUUGUGUGCAGGAGCGCGCGGACGGACUCAGCGGCUCCUCCCCGGGGGGGCGCCUCUCCCAGCUGUCCUCCCUCAACCAGGCCGCCUACUCCGCGGCCCCGCCGCUCUGCCACACUCCGGCCUCCGACUUCCAGCCGCCGUACUUCCCCCCGCCGUACCCGCAGUCCUCCCUGCCCUACUCCCAGAGCCAGGACUCGGCCUACUCCCACCUGUCGGACCCCUACCCCUCCAUCAACUCCAUCCACCAGCACCAGCAGGCGGCAUGGCACGCGCAGAGGUCGCGCUCCGAGGAGGGGGGGCUGCUGUCUCAGUCUCACCGGGCGCUGGGCCUGGACCCCCGCAGAGAAUACCCCGCCGUGCCGCGGCUCCUGCACGGCCUCGGAGAGGGGGCGGCGGCUCUGGGGGACGGAGCUCUGGGGAUGCACCUGGGCCACCACGGCCUGGAGGACCUCCAGUCUUUAACGGUUAACGGUAAAAACAUGAACUCUUUUUCCCGGAGCUCCGUCCGGAUGCCUCCGCGGCCUGAACUCCUCCUUUUCGGCGCAGAGGCUCCGCAGCAGGUGCAGCUGCAGACGCAGUUUGCGGCCGGAUCAAAACGCACCGAGACGAAUCGAUGCGCACGGUCAUCAGAGGAAGAAAACGCGCGCGGAAUGGAGGAAGGAUCCGCCCUGGGCAUCCUGGACCACUCUGUCAUUAAAAAAGCUGAAAGUCGGUCCGUUUGGGCUCUGAGAGUCAAUCCUGUUCAGGGUUCUGCCCCAAACCUGCUGCUGCUCACCCUGAAGGGAGCAUCUGCAGGCCCAGUCCAUCAGAGUGUUCCAGUGAAGAGGUCCUUCCUUCUUAUGGGGACGUUAGAGGGGUGUGUGCUGGUAGAGAGCUCAGAGAUAAAUGUAGCUGAGCUGAUGAUGGGGAGGAAAGUGGAGAAAAGUGAGUGCAAAGGAGCUGCUGGAGUGCCCAUCCCGGCCAAGCUGAACGGCUCGGCCCUGUCGGCGCUGUCCAUGGGGAAGGAGGGGCUGGGCAUGGGCGCCGUGUCCAACCCGGCCGAGGUCUUCUGCUCCGUCCCGGGCCGCCUGUCGCUGCUCAGCUCCAACUCCAAGUACAAGGUGACGGUGGGGGAGGUGCAGCGGCGGCUGUCGCCCCCCGAGUGCCUGAACGCCUCCCUGCUGGGCGGAGUGCUGCGCAGGGCGAAGUCCAAGAACGGCGGCCGCUGUCUGCGGGAGCGUCUGGAGAAGAUCGGCCUCAACCUGCCCGCCGGGCGCCGCAAGGCCGCCAACGUCACCCUGCUGACGUCGCUGGUGGAGGGUGAGGCCGUCCACCUGGCGAGGGACUUCGGCUACGUGUGUGAGACCGAAUUUCCAGCCAGAGCCACAGCGGAGUACCUGUGCAGGCAGGGCGACCCGGACCAGCUGCCGACCCGCCGCAGCAUGCUGCUGGCCACAAAGGAGAUCUGUAAGGAGUUCCUGGACCUGCUGUCCCAGGACCGGUCCCCGCUGGGCGGCGGCCGGCCGGCGCCCUGCCUGGAGGCCGGCGUGCAGGCCAGCCUGACCCACUUCAGCCUGCUGACCCACGGCUUCGGGGGGCCGGCCAUCGGCGCCGCGCUGGCCGCCUUCCAAAGCUACCUGCUGGAGGCCCUCAAGCUGCUGGACAAGGCCCAGAACGGCGGGAAGGGCCUCCACGACAAGGACCUGAAGCUCCGCAAAUAG